AUGAGUGAUUUAGUGACUGGUCUGCCCGAGGGCUGGACUGUAAGAUACAGCAAAUCGAAGAAGAGAGAAUAUUUCUUUCAUGCUGAGGAUAAGCAAUCUCAGUGGGAAGAACCAGAGGGAACGAAUCAUGAGCAAUUGAAGGAGUACCUGGCGAACCAUCCGCUACGUGUGAGAUGUCUACACAUCCUGUGUAAACAUCGUGAUUCUCGUAGACCUGCUUCACAUCGUUCUGAGAACAUUACGAUCUCGAAAGAGGAAGCUGUAGAAGAACUAAAAGGUUUGCAGAAGAGAUUGGAGGCUGGUGAAAGUUUUGAAGCCUUGGCCAAGGAAAGAUCGGAUUGUUCAUCAUUAAAGAGAGGUGGAGAUCUUGGUUUCUUUGGUAAGGGAGAAAUGCAGGCCAGUUUUGAGAAAGCUGCGUUCCAAUUGAAAGUCAACGAGGUUAGUGGGGUUAUUGAGUCCGAGAGUGGUGUGCAUCUGAUCAAAAGGGUAGUGUAA